UUGUUUUAAGCUGUAAAAGGACUUCUUCUGGGCAUCAUCAAAUAUACACUGCAUGUGCACCAGGGAAGCAAGCACCUCACUUCACUGGAGACAAGUCAAGUUUCCCACAGGUGAACUGAGGAUGAAGCUACUCAUGUGGUGUAUGCUGGUCCUUUAUAUCUGUUCAAGCACUAAGGAGAUGGUCAUGGAUAAACCUAUAUCAUCCAGAUGGCAGUCAUUUCAGAUGAGAAAGGGACAAAACAUCAAAAGGCAUUCAGAUGGAACAUUCACCAGCGACUUCACCAACUAUCUGGAUAAGAAGAAGGCUAAAGAUUUUGUAGAAUGGCUUACAAGCACCAAACCAGAAGGGUGUCGUGAGGAAUUGCUCCAACUUGCAGCAGAGGUAUAAAAUACCCCUGCAGCC